AUGGCAGGACGUGCAAAUUUCUAUCCCAAGAACCAGGUGCGCAGUGCCUUAAUCACUGACUUAAGGUUGUGGUCGCCGUACGUUGACAUUGCUUGCAGGAGAGCUAGGUAUGCGGAUGAUCCAUCUUCUACUCCCAUGGCGCAAAAUGCCAUAGCGGUUUCUAAGCAAACCUUCUGUCAACUCAUAACAUGCAGAAACCAAUGCCAGUUGAGUUUCGAAGCACUAAGCGAUGGAAAGGUGUUCAUGCAGCCUAUGCAACGAUUCUCUGUCGGCUUCCUUCUUCACGAGUCCAGCAUCUCACUCCACGAUCUAGUGACCCAUCACGGGGCAAGGCUGAAUCCGUCACGCAAAAUCUUGCUAUCUUAUGUGCUAGCUAAGUCUUUCUGGCAACUAUAUGGGUCCGAAUGGAUGCGUAACCCAUGGACCAAGAGCGACGUUCAUUUCAUGUUCGAACAGCGGGGCGAAAAACUCGCUGGCAUCUAUGUCAAUGAGCCUUUCCUCUCAGCACACUUUGACGGCUGUACGGAGUCAAAGAAUUCCGCGAUGGUGCAUUCUUUCCCCAAGAUUCUUGCUCUAGGGACUAUGCUUCUCGAAAUAGAGCUCGGUGUCGGUAUAGAGACCCUCAGACUACCCAGUGAUGUGCAAGUUGACGGUAGACCACACGCGAAUACGGAUCUUAUUGUUGGAAAAAGAGUACUUGCGGCGAAGAGAGCGGAGAAUGACUUCUUUGCUGCCUUUGCAGACGUAGUAGAGCGGUGUCUUGAUAUACACAGUUUUCUGGAAUAUGCAGAUGAUGACGAGGGCCUCCGCCACGCAAUAGAGGAGCGCAUCGUUAACGUUCUUCAUUCGUGUUACCGUACCAAUUGGACCAACGACCCCGACUUUGAGGAAAUAACUCCAGUCAUUCUGAAUCCUCCUACGUCAAGUCGAACACUGAAGUCUCCUGGCAGAGCAUCCAAUGACCAGCAUGGCGCAAGGCUCAUCGGUUCGAACAGCCAGGCCAAUUGGGAUUCACCGCAAGAUCAUCUCAACGUAUCUCAUCUCAGUUCUCAGCCAUCAAGGAUUGCAAUCCUGGACACUGGAGUUCGACGUGAACUAAGAAGCCUCACCACGAGUUACGAAGACUUCAUUUCGGUCAACGGGUUCAACCACCAGGACAACACGAAUCAUGGGACCUGCGCGGUCGCCUUGAUUAAAAAGAUAUACACGUCCGCGCAGAUCUAUGUCGGAAGAGUAUUUGAGGGACACAAUGCCUCCGAUGAUACAGCCAGUCUAAUGGCACGGAAGGCGAUUUACCAUGCUCGGACUGUCUGGGAAGCCGACAUCAUAGUAAUGCCUUCAGGUUUCGACGCAGCAAAUACAGAUCUGGAGCUUGCCAUCAAUGAUGCUUGCAAUGCCAAAGUUCUUACCUUUGCGGCGGCAUCCAACUUUGGCAACAUCAGAGAUAUUGCCUUUCCAGCCCGUCUUUACACCAGCCUGAAACUAUUCUGCAUGUUUUCUACGACGGCCGGUAUUCGAGCGAAUUGCGACUUCAAUCCUUCGCCAUCACCGCACGCGAAAUACAACUUCGCAGUACUUGGUGAAGAUGUCGAGCUACCAAUACCUGCUCUAUCGAGUGAGCCGUUCAAGCUCAGUGGAACAUCCUUUUCCGCCAUAAUUGCGGCGGCAAUCGCAGGGCAAAUCCUCGAAUUCGUUCGCCACGAACAUGCUCAUGGAUGGAUACCCUGCGCUGACAAAAUACGCACGGUAGAGGGCAUGUCUGCAGUUUUCUCGGCCAUGGCGAAAGAUAAGGACAAUGGCUAUCACUGUAUAGCGCCAUGGAAAAUCCUUUCUCAGAGAUUGCGCCAUGAGACAGUUAAUAAAGCUGAAGCACGGGAAGACCUUCGCAUCACAAUUAUCCGAGCAUUGGAAACAUGUUAG